AUGUCUCAUUCCCUACCGACGCCCUUUACCCCAGAUAGCGAAUUUGCUUCGCUUGAGACGCCUCGCGGUGGCAGCGGGAGUCUGUCUAUCACAGCUCUCGCCCGCUUCGAGUUCGAGGCGGGCAAGGGGAACGAUGGGACGAAGAUCCUGAUGAUCGAAUGGGAGGAUGAUGACCGGAGUAGGUCAUCAUUCCCGCGCGGUGGUUCCUGGAAUGUGGAAUGGGAGGGCAAGAAGGCUGUACUCCCCGCCGAUGAAAAGACCAGCAACAACACACGCCGCCUGUACUUUUUACUCCCUCCGCAUGUUACGAUCCCUCCUGGAGUUACUCUCACCUACAACCCCCCCGCGUCGUCGACCACAUCCUCCGAUAAGCCGAACCCGAUACAAUUGAACCCGCUUCCUGCUAUCUUUCCGCCGGAACUUGGGGCAGAUGGCCGGUCCGCUGGCAAGAAGGGCGUUUUGCACACGAUAUGGGCGAAGAAGCGAUUGCAGGUAUUGGAGAAGGAGAUCCACGAGGAAUCAUUGAGCAACGUCGAGGGAAUUGCCCUUCAUAUGGCACUGCAAGAGAAGGAAUGGAUCGAGGACAAUUUUGGCCUGGGGCCUGAUGCGCACAAGCAUUCUAUCCAGAAUCAGGAUCCAAACUAUCCCAUGGGACCUGCAACGCCUGUGUCCCCGACUACUGGGGGAAAGCUCGGGGAGAAACUGAGGGGCCUCAGGCUGCAGACAAGCCAACGGGGGCUGGCUUCGUCAGAAGGAGCCCAUUUGCUCUCUCCGCAAUCCCCGGAUGUGGCUGUCUCCUCAUUCAAUUCAUUCCAUAGCAUUCAGCCGCCCGCCUCGAGGCCCGGGCCAACCUCACAACCCAGCGAGCCAGUGAAGGCGGUUGCGCACUAUCCACCGGAGUCGAUACAGGCCCAGCAGAAUGUCAGCUUCAACACCGGCUUCGCGUCAAUGGGCAGCGCUGCACGCACUUCCAGCGCAGAUUCUGGCGAAGAUCUGUUCGCCAAAGCACUGAGCCCACGAUCGCCGGAUCUCCCCAGGAGUCCAUUCUCCUUUACUAGCCCGGAAACCCUGCACAUGUGA